AUGGCCCUCAAGAUUGCCGUCCUCGACGACUACCAGGGCUGCGCCAAGCAGUUCUACGACAAGCUCGACGGCUCCAAGUACGCCGUGUCAUACUUCCCCGACACACUGCUGCCGUACAACGUCGCACCGCGCGAGGUCCAGGAUGAGCUCGUGCAGCGCCUCGAGCCCUUUGACGUCAUCUCCUGCAUGAGGGAACGUACGCCCUUCCCCGCCGCGCUCCUCCAGCGCCUCCCCAACCUCAAGCUGCUCCUCACCACGGGCGUGCGCAACAAGGCCAUCGACCUGCCCUCGUGCGCCGCGCGCCGCAUCCCCGUCGCCGGCGCCACCGACACGCACGCCGGCCCCGCCGACAGCACCACCGAGCACGCCGUCGCCAUGAUCCUCGGCGUCGCGCGCGGCCUCGCCAGCAACGACGCCAACGUCAAGGCCGGCCUGUGGCAGACGGGCUUCGCCACGGGCCUCGCGGGCGGCACCCUCGGCGUGCUGGGGCUGGGCCGCCUCGGCGCCGCUGUCGCCCGCGCCAUGCACCUCGCCCUCGGGAUGAAGGUCAUUGCGUGGAGCACUAACCUCACGCAGGAGGCUGCGGACGAGCAGGCGCGGCAUGCGGGUCUGCCUGUCGAGGGGCCCGACGGCGAGAAGACGUUCCGCGCCGUGAGCCGCGAGGAGCUCUUCUCCAUGGCUGAUGUCGUGAGCGUGCACCUCGUGCUGUCGGACCGGACGCGCGGCAUCGUCAAUGCGCAGGAUCUAGGCAGGAUGAAGCCCUCGGCCUUCUUUGUCAACACGUCGCGCGGGCCGCUCGUCGUGGAGCGCGACCUGCUGGAUGUGCUCAAGGCGGGCAAGAUCCGCGGCGCCGCUCUCGAUGUCUUUGACCUGGAGCCGCUGCCGAGGGACAGCGAGUGGCGCAGCGCGGAAUGGGGCAAGAACGGGAGGAGCGAGGUCUUGAUUGCGCCGCACAUGGGCUAUGUCGAGGAGAGGUCCAUCAGCGGCUUCUACAGGAAGCAGGUCGCCAACCUGGAGCGCUGGGUGGCGGGGGAGCCUCUAGAGACACUGCUCGCCUGA